AUGUCUCUCGAUCUGGAAAAACAACUCACCUUUUAUGGUGCAUACCACCACAACUCGGUUAAUGUCGCCAUCCACAUGGUGUGCGUGCCGCUGAUUUUGGUCACAGCCUUUGGCAUGGCGACGUAUACCGGCCCUCUCGUGGAUCUGCCAAGCUGGCUGACUGUCCCAUACCUUGAUCUCAAUUUCGGCACCAUUGCGGCAGUGGUGUAUUCCGCUCUGUAUCUCUUACUCGAACCUGUGGCAGGCUUUGCCCUCGCUGGCUUUUGCUUAGCAAGCACUGCAUACGUCAACUACAUGCGAAGCCAGGAUUCGGAGAUGACUUUGCAAGUUUGCCUUGUUAUCCACAUUGUGUCUUGGGUACUUCAAUUUAUCGGCCACGGCGCCUUUGAGGGUCGCGCCCCCGCACUUCUCGACAACCUUAUCCAGGCUAUCUUCCUGGCGCCCAUGUUUGUUUGGCUCGAGCUGCUUUUCAAGCUCGGAUACCGACCCGAGCUUCAAGCCCGAGUGGAGAAGGCUGUCCAGCAAGAAAUCGCCAAGUUUAAGGCCGAAUCAAAGAACGGAAAGGCUCAAUAA